CGCCAACACUGCCAUUCUCCCAACGCCAAUUCGAACGCCAACCCGGACGUCUUCUCCUUUUGAAACCUCGCAACGUUCGAGAUGGCGGACCGCAAGAAGAGAGACCGCUAUGCAGCAGGAACGGGAUACCAAUUCGGUGCGAAUACACAAGAGGCUCAAGCCGGGGCUCCUCCUCCAGUAGGGCCUGGCUACGGUGCGCCUGCGCCUGCAUACGGGGCACCGUCGCCAGCCUAUGGUGCUGCUGCCCCAGGCUAUGGCGCACCGUCGCCUGGCUAUGGAGCGCCCGCUCCCUAUGGACAGCCCGCGCCUCAAGACCCAAAUGCCCUUAACCAGCAGUUUGGCCAGAUGAACUUGGGGCCUGGACAGCCCGCUCCGCAAGUGCAGCAGCCCGUGGCAGCCCCGCAGCAAAACCAACUAUUCCCCUCGGAUCUCAUUGCCCAGCCGUUUCACGUCUCGGAGUUGUACAACCCCCCUCCGCCGAUUCACCUGCCGCCCAACGCCGCGGCCACUCCCUCCGAGUUCGCAAACGAGUCGAGCAAAUACUUGCGGUGUACGCUCAACAGCGUCCCCACCAACCACAACCUGCUCAAGAAGAGCAAGCUGCCCUUUGCUUUGGUCAUAAGCCCAUACGCCAGUCUGCACGAUUCCGAGGACUCGGUACCCGUAGUGCAGGACCAGAUUAUCAGCCGUUGUCGACGAUGCCGCGGCUAUAUCAACCCAUUUGUUCCCUUUUUGGACCACGGGCACAGGUGGAGGUGCAACAUGUGCAACUUGACAAACGAUGUGCCCCAGGCCUUCGACUGGGACGCGGCGCAACAGAAGAGUGUAGACCGCUGGCAGAGACCUGAGCUCAACUACGCCGUGACUGAGUUUAUUGCCCCGCAGGAAUACAUGGUCCGCCCGCCUCAGCCGCUAUGCUACUACAUCAUUCUAGACUGUACACAAGCUGCGGUCAACUGCGGUCUUCUUGCGGUCGUUUCGAGAGUGAUCAAGGAGGCGCUUGGACGGAUACCCAACGCCGACGGUCGGACACGCAUCGGAUUCAUGGCAGUUGAUAAUGGUCUGCACUUCUUUGGCAUCCCCCCGGACAACAGUGAGUCGAACGAGCCCCAGCAACUCGUAGUUUCCGACCUCGACGAGCCCUACCUGCCUAUGCCCUCGGACCUGCUUGUGAGCCUUAGCCAAUGCCGCAACAACAUUGAAACCUUCCUCGACCGUCUUCCGGCCAUGUUCCAGAACACUCACGUUCCCGGAUUUGCUUUGGGGUCGGCUCUCCGAUCUGCCCACAAGCUCAUCUCCCCGCUUGGCGGAAAGCUAACCGUGAUUGCCGCGUCGCUGCCCAAUGUUGGCCAUGCCGCAUUGAGCCCACGAGAGGACAAGUCUUUGUUGGGUACCAGCAAGGAAGGCAGCCUCCUGCAGCCCGCCAACAACUGGUACAAGUCAUUCGCUGUAGAAUGCUCCAAGAAUCAAGUGUCGGUGGACAUGUUCCUCUUCUCGUCGGCAUACCAAGAUGUAGCGACGCUCAGCAACCUUCCUCGCUUCACCGCAGGUCAAACCUACUUUUACCCGGGAUGGAACGCGGCGAGACAAGAAGACGUGGUCAAGAUUGCGACUGAGCUGGCUGAUUAUCUGUCUGCAGAGAUUGGCCUCGAGGCUGUGCUCCGAGUGCGUGCGACGACAGGAUUGAGGAUGUCUGCCUUUUAUGGAAACUUUUUCAACCGCUCCUCGGACCUGUGCGCUUUCCCCGCCUACCCAAGAGACCAGGCCGUGGUUAUUGAAGUGGCGAUUGACGAGACUAUUUCGAGGCCGUUUAUUACUCUUCAGGCGGCCGUGCUACACACUACUUCAAGUGGGCAGCGCCGCAUUCGAGUCUUGACGCUUGCUAUACCCACGACGGAGAACCUGGCAUCUGUGUACGCAUCGGCCGACGCGCAAGCCAUCACGACGUAUUUCAGUCACAAGGCGGUUGAGCGAGCGCUGUCGAGCGGUCUUGAUGCUGCACGAGAUGCGCUGCAGGCAAAGGUGAUUGAGAUUCUGUCAACAUACAGGAAAGAGCUGGCGGGGGGCAGUAUGGGUGGCGGCGGACUGCAGCUACCGCAGAACCUCCGUGCUCUCCCCAUCUUGUUCCUGGGUCUCAUCAAGAAUGUGGGUCUUCGCAAGAGUGCGCAGAUUCCCAGUGACCUUCGGUCGGCAGCUCUGGACCUUUUGUCGACGCUGCCCAUGCGACUGCUCAUCCAGUACAUCUACCCGAGUUUUUACUCGCUUCAUGACAUGCCUGAUGAUGCUGGCGUGCCUGAGCCGACGACUGGCCAGAUUACCAUGCCACCUGCGCUGAACCUAUCGAGUGCAGCCAUUGUGCCCUACGGUCUGUACCUGAUAGAUGACGGUGUCAACCAGUUCUUGUGGACUGGGCGCGACGCUGUUCCUGCACUUUUGGCGGACGUGUUUGGUGUCGAGGACCGUACGCAGCUGAAGCAGGGCAAGGCGUCAUUGCCUCUUUUGGAUAACGAAUACUCUGAACGAGUGCGAGCUGUGAUUGAGAAGUCGAGAGAUCACAAGUCAAAGGGGGUAGGAUCGAUUACGCUGCCUACGCUAUACAUUGUCAAGGAGGAUGGUGAGCCUAGCCUGAAGCUGUGGGCGCAGACAUUGCUGGUGGAAGACCGAGCAGACCAGGGCGAGAGCAUUGUGCAGUGGAUAAGCAAGCUCCGAGAAAAGGUUGUGCAGUAAGCACGGACUGAUAUGGAGGUUAUUGUACUGGAAGGGGUGUGAGGGGAUGAUUUGGAGGUGUUUUCGCAAGGCUUGACGACGACACACGAGCGGUUAUUGCAUGGUAUGGUAUUGUAUGCGGAGAGGGGAUUGUGCCUGUGGGUGUAGUGGUGUGUGGGUGCAAAACAAGGCGCAAGUGGGUAGAGCAAGUGAGGAUUGAUGAUGAUGAUGAUGAUGAUGAUGAUGAUGAUGAGGAGGAGGAAG